AUGCAGCCAAGCACCCAGCGUGAGGAGGAGCUGCCUACAGACACCAAAAGGCAAAGCGAUCCUCACCCAACACAAGACUUCAGUGAACCCACCAAGCCAACACAAGACUUCAAUGAACCCACCAAGCCAACACAAGACUUCAAUGAACCCACCAAGCCAACACAAGACUUCAGUGAACCCACCAAGCCAACACAAGACUUUAGUGAACCCACCAAGCCAACACAAUUCUUCAAUGAACCCACCAAGCCAACACAAGGUUUCAGUGAAUCCACCAAGCCAACACAAGACUUCACUGAACCCACCAAGACAACUCAAGACUUCAAUGAACCCACCAAGCCAACACAAGACUUCAAUGAACCCACCAAGCCAACACAAGGUUUCAGUGAAUCCACCAAGCCAACACAAUUCUUCAAUGAACCCACCAAGCCAACACAAGACUUCAAUGAACCCAACAAGACAACUCAAGACUUCAAUGAACCCACCAAGACAACACAAGACUUCAGUGAAUCCACCAAGCCAACACAAGACUUCAAUGAAUCCACCAAGACAACUCAAGACUUCAAUGAACCCACCAAGCCAACACAAGUUUUCAGUGAAUCCACCAAGCCAACACAAAGCUUCAGAGCUUUGCUCAUUCCCAGCAAUGGAGGUCCCAGCUCCCUGCACCGCCACGGCAGCAGCGCCGGGGGCAGGUGA